AUGUACCCCGACGUCAGUGGUAUCAAGUCCACCAAAGGCCGGCACAGCCGCAACUUCUCCAACUUCGACCGCCGCCCCACCCCCGCUCAGAUCCUUCAGCGAUACCGGGACAUGGAGGAAGAAGUUGACCCUGAGUUGAGUGCUUGGCGCAAAGCCAACCAAGUCCGGAUGGAUCACGCGGACGCUUACAACAAGACCAUGAUUCCGGGUACUAAGUCUUCCCUUGGUAAGCCUUUCCCCACGCCAAACGGGAAGGGUGCCUCCAUUCUGUUCCCCAAGCCAGAAGUCGAAACCUGCAACUCUGCCGAUGAGAAGCUCGAGUGCAACAUCACCUCGGCCGCUAACAACGAACAACUUGAAAUUGUCUGCAAGCAGUUGCAAGAUGUCAAGUUUCAUACCGUUCCUCCCCCAACGCCCAUCGGACCAUCCAGCCACACACCUGCCACAUUUGACCUGGAGGCCGUGGUUCAGAGUGCCCAUAUUUCUAUGCGCAACUUGCCUCGGACUUUCCCUCGCCUCAAUCGUUCACAUGAUGGAACCAACGACAACGAUGAGACCACUGACGAUGAGACCAAAGAGGUGGUACCUUUGCUCGAGCGUGAGGUCGAUAUGAACGGUUAUUGGAAGUAUCUGUCCGAGGAUGGUGAACUUCACGACACUUAUAGGCAAGCCAAAAUCAACGGUGGUUUGCCUGUUACAGUUUGGAUUCCUCACAAUGCCGACGACGCGCUUGAUCCUCCUGACAUCCACGACUCUGGCUCUCCUCACUCCUCUGAUCUUCCUACUACUCCGAAUUCCCCCUCUGUGAACUUUUGCUAUUCCUCCAAAUGUUGCCUUUCUCGCUCAGCUGCUCCUGAGGUUGCUGGGGAAGUGAUGUGGGAAUGCGUAGAUGGUGAACGGUUCUAUUCCUCCGAGGAAGCUGGCGCCCAUGGUCGUGUAGUGUCUUAUGCUGGUUACGACGAUCAUCCCGCCAUUGAUGGUUAUGUCUCUCCUUACCGAGCAUGCACCCCUUCUGAUUGCUGGAAGAAUGAAUCUGAUGCGAAUGCAAAUGCCCUUGGUGGCGUGAGGAGCCUUUCUCAUCGUGCCAUCCCCAAUUAUGUCUCUCCCCUCCCAGCCGGCAAUCCUCUAGAUUACUGGACGAAUGAACGUGUCCAUUUUGAGACUCGCGACUCGAAUGUGAAUGCGAUUGUUCGUGGUGGCUAUCGCAACUGGUCUCGCUAUGCCCUUGACGGUGCUGGCUCUCUUGACUCGCGAGCCUGUACUCCUCCUGUCUGUGGCCGGAAGUUUGAAACCACCGAGGAGAUGGCUCCCUCCCCGACAGUUUCUUUCUCUGACACGGUUUCCACUUCUCGAAAGCAGUCCGCCACAUCUCCUUCCAAGGGUGAUUCUUCCAUCUCAAGCUGUGCUGCAGCUGGUGCAGGAACCACUCCAGCAUCGUGCCCUGAGUCUGCUAUCUACUCCUACCAAAAUUUCUGGGACCCUCUCAUGGACGACAUCGAAAACAUGCUCAAGAAAGAACCCGCCACCGACUUCAACUGGACUGCUAACGUCCCCAUUCAAUUCACCAAUGGGCAACAGACUGCAGUUCACGUCCCCGGGGGCUCAGACGAUACACGCAGCUGUGCCGCCUCCAUCGAAGACAAUGCCGAAAGCGACACCGACACCGCCAACGUCGCUCUGAGCCACGAGUUUAGCAUGGAGUCUGACAGCGAUGCGUUGCCACGCCGCCAUUUCAACAAAGAGCUCUUCGGCAGUAACGGUUGGCUUGAUCAGACCAAUACCACAAAGACGGGCAGCAAGCGACGUGUCAGUUCAGGCCUCAAGGGACUGGGACAGACUGUGAAGGCACACAUCAAAGAUCUGACUGGAGAUGCCAAGCGAGCUCGCAUCACCACAGCCAACCCCAGCAUCGCAGUCGAGAUCACCGCAGCUCUCUCUCUGAGCGUCGAGACCCAGGUCAAGCUCUACGCUGAGCUCGAAUACCUGAUUGUCACCACCGCCAACCGGUUCCUGAUGAACGAAUAUUACGACGGACAUGUUUCAGAUCUCUCAAUCCGCCGCCUAAACAAGCAAUGGAUCUCCAAAAACCGCCCAGGUGUCCCUCAGUUCUGCUUCGACCAGUCCACCCAGCGUGAGCUCAUCUUCGCCAACCGCCAGAGCGUCCAGUUUGGCGGCGAUGCCUCCAACCAGCCAAUGCUACUGCAUACGAUCUUCAGCAACUGGAAGGCUGUCUGCACCGAGACGAGCGUGCGCUCUUUCUGUCUCCCAGACGCCGCCGUGCGCAAGCACUUGCGUGACAUUGAGGGCAUCCUGGAACUUCUGCAGGCCCCUCCCUCCAUCAUGGAGACCAUGCAGACUCUGGCCAUGCGUACUCGCGAGGAGAUCCUCCAAGUCCGUGCUGCUCGUACCGCCCGUGCAUCCUAUGGCUCUGGUGCUCCUGACACACCCAGCACCCCAAGCACCCCCAGCUCUUCUGACUCGACCUUCGCCUAUGUCAACCCGCGUACUCCCACGGCUUCAUCGAUUUCGAGCAUUUCAUGUACUCCUCGGACCCCUCAUUCGCGUCGUCGUGAGGCUUCGCCAAAUUCGUGUUCUCCCGAGACAUCUUUUCCACUUUAUUAUGAUCAAAAUGCUCCGUUUGAGCUCGCUGGCUGGACUGGCGAACUUGCAGCUGGCCGUCGCCAACGUCGGACGGCCUGGCGGAGUAUAAAUGGUCGCGUUAAUCCAACUGCACUUCGUGAGCGUGGCAUUCCCAAGUCUGGAUAG